AUGGCGCCAAGUACGGGGUCGACGGGUACAGAUUCCAACACGGAGUGGCAAAACAAUUUGCCCCGGAUUUUAGUCGUGCAGACAAUCUUCACGUUUCUGGCCCUUUUGGCUGUUGGUUUACGCCUUUAUGUUCGGAUCAAGCUUAUCAAGAACACUGGCGCUGAUGACUGGACAAUGUUGAUAGCAGCUGUAGAUAGUUAUGUGCCUUGGGGGGGAUGGAUCCUUUGGGUUUUUGAGGGGACUCACGGGCUGGGCCACAGUGAUGCUUGGUUUGCAGAAGGCAAUGGUGACGCAACAAAAGUUUCACAAGGUUCCUUCUGGCAGGUGAUAAUCGACUCUGCAUUAGGCAUAGCCAUGCUCAAGAUCUCCAUAGCUUUGAACCUACUGAGAUUGAGUCCAGCUCGAUGGAACGACUGGAUUCUAUUCUGGGCAACGCUGCAAUUUACCACCGGUAUCAUGGCCGCUUGCAUUCCCUCCCUCAAACCUCUGGUUAGCAGUGUUCUCAAGUUAUUGGAGUAUUCCAACUCCCGAUCUCAAGGUCCCCACGGCAGUCACUAUCGAUCCCAACGGGCUGCGACUGGAACUAGAGGAAGUAUUCACACAAUGGGGGGAGGCGGAGGCAAUCAUAUGUGGUCUAUUCAUCGGGGUGACCAGUAUGCGCUUCAGGAGCUAGGGAGCCGGGGUUCUGGGGACGGCUCCAAUUCUGAUGAGGUUCGCCUGACUCAGAACGGGGACUAUAACGUCACAGCAGCAUACGCCCAGAACUUCUCUGCCUCGGAUGAGACCUCUCCGGGUCAUGCCAAUAAUUACGGUUCAAAAAGUGGCAUCAUUAAAACUACCGAAGUUAUCGUACAUUAG